UGAAUUUCCCCUGACUUCGCCUCGUUGACAGACGAAAUAAUUUCUUUUAGUUUUGAAUUCACAAUCGUAUUUUUAAGUCGGAGAAUAACUUUUAAAAUUAAGUAUUUGGUCUGUUAAACAUUUAUAUUGCAUUUCAUUUUAUCUUAAAUUAUUUAUAUUUAUGCUAAUUUUAUUUUUUCAUUUAAAAUAAAUAUCACAAUAUGGUUGAUGAAGGUACUAGAAAAACUUUGAGUAAAAUACCUCUCUUGAAAACGAAAGCAGGUCCUCGUGAUAAAGAAUUGUGGCCAGUUCGCUUGAAAGAAGAAUAUCAAGCAUUAAUUCAGUAUGUUCAAAAUAAUAAAGACAGUGACAACGAUUGGUUUCGUCUAGAGUCCAAUAAAGAUGGAACUCAGUGGUUUGGAAAGUGUUGGUAUAUACAUGAACUUAUGAAAUACGAAUUUCCUAUAGAAUUUGACAUUCCAGUGACUUAUCCAACAACAGCACCAGAAAUAGCUAUACCAGAAUUGGAUGGAAAAACAGCUAAAAUGUAUCGUGGAGGCAAAAUCUGCUUGACUGACCAUUUUAAACCACUCUGGGCUCGCAAUGUUCCAAAAUUUGGAAUAGCUCAUGCUAUGGCUUUAGGACUGGGUCCUUGGCUGGCUGUGGAAAUUCCAGAUUUAAUUCAGAAAGGUAUUGUUGUCCAUAAAGAAGGCCCAUCUACUUGAUGUAUCAAAACCGUUGUUAAAUGUUGAAAUGUCUCAAAUGAAUUGGUUAUUUUAAUAAAAUAUUUAAAAUAAAA